CGAAGAGACGCGGUUGAAUUGGCCAGGGCCGCCAGUACAAGUGCUAGGCUAAGGCAUCCCUUCCCUCGUCUUGCCAGCUGGCCAGCAGCCGUUGGCUCUCUCUCACUGCGAGCCUGAAAGCGUGGCAUGCAAAGCUACCACAUCCACAUCCAUCGCUCGCCGCCCGCCCUGCUUCACCACCUUUUCAUUCGGCUUUGCCCAAUGGAGCCCUAUCUUCCCUUCUCCAUUUCUCUUUGUUCUAUCCUUGAAUAAGUAAAGUGAGAGAGAGAGAGAGAGAGAGGGAUGCCACCGCUCUACCUAUAGCGGGAACCGAGCGGUUGGGUUGCGAUUUGGGCAGGGUGUUCUAUUUAACCAUUUGCCAUUGAAGAUUUGCUUUUCUUCAUUGCCCGUCAUCGUCAUCAAACCACCAACCCCCCCCCCCCCCCCCCUUUUUUUUUUUUUUAUUGCUUUUCUUUUCUUUUCCUGCAACCGGACCUGUCCACAUCUCAAAAUGCGAACAGUUCAUGCAACCCUCGCUGGCUGCCCGGGUGGUUGUGACAUGGAUGUUUUUCUGUGGUGGUGCUGAGGGGGGUGAGCGCCUCUAUGGCCCAAUUGCGGCAUUCUCUCCCGUUUUCAGUAUGCCGGAUUUCUUUACACCUACAGAGAAGCUUUCGGACUGGAGGCUGGAGGGAUGGGUGGGUGGCAUGAGGGAUGCGAGAUAUUAGAUGUGAGAACCUGAGGGUUCAAUUGCUGUUUGUUUUUUACUCUAUACGGUUUUGCCGUUUUACCUUUCUACUUCGCUGCUGCUAGUAUUGACAUACUCCUCCGGGCAAGCUGCUUUCCUGAUGAUAGAUAUGAGGAACGAACUUCUCUGAGAAAAGCACACGAAUCUUUUUCAGUUCGCAUUCGUUAUAGUUUCACCCAAUUUACUAGCAAUGAGGUCCAAGGAUGGAAACGAGAGAGAGCUACUCUACUCCAAUAAUGCUUACGAAUUCGCGACCUAUAUAAAGAUGGCUCCAAUCAUCCGGCAUCUAUUUUUCUUCGCUACAUCAAGCAAAGCUGCAGGACGGACGGCCAGUUUGGGUAAUAAGAUAGUGCGCACUACGGCGAGUUCUGAAGCGGAACAGCACCAUCAUCAACACCACCACCAUCAUUCACGCCGAUCUAAGGAAGGUGAGGAGCAUAAACGCCGUCGGCGCAAGUCUCAGCGGACCCAUUCUACGGAGGAGAACCCCCAAAAGCCCGCGCGAGAAAGCCAUAGGACGGCCAACGAUGUCGAGGCUCCUAGGAGGAGCCAAUCUCGCAGAUAUCGUUCGUCGUCAGUAUCGAUACCCGUGGACCUAAGCAAUGGUGGAGCCCCCCGUUCAACGACGUCUUCUAGAUCCAGAGCGAAAGCGUCGACACACAGGGACCCCCCCAAUCGAAGCGCUACGCAGCGCGCCGUUGCGGAUUCUUGGACAAGACACAACAAACCUGGCCCCAUAUCCCUCCCCCUUCGGCUUGGAGAGCAAUCGGACCGGAAACUUGCAACCAAGGCGCCCAAGUCACCCGCCAUCAAGAAUAGGUCUGAAAAACGCUUGUCCACUGAAAAGAAGGGUAAAAGGGGCACGGGGUAUAAGAGAACCACGUCUUCCCCGUCGGUGCCAGAAAGGACAGUGACAUGUUUAACGUGUCUCGACGACAUCCCCGUGAGCAAGGCCGCCCAGCUCACCUGCUCCCACAGCAUGUGCGAGGACUGCCUCAAGCGCGUAUUUACCAUGUCCGUGACCGACCCGCAACACAUGCCUCCCAAAUGCUGCACGUCAGACCACAUCCCCCUCCGGCACGUCGACAAACUCUUCGACGUAGAAUUCAAAAUCAAAUGGAACAAGAAAUACCAAGAAUUCACCACCGAGAACCGCUUAUACUGCCCUACCAAGGAUUGCGGUGAGUGGAUCAAGCCCAGCCAGAUCCAUCUUGACACCAGCGGCGGCGCCACAGGCGGCCGCAGAUACGGCAUAUGCGGGAGCUGCUCCACGAAAGUCUGCGGGCUCUGCAAUGGCCAAUGGCACACGGGCAGCGAGUGCCCCAAGGACGACGAGACGAGACGCUUCGUCGAGGCCGCCAGGGAAAACGGCUGGCAACGUUGCUACGGCUGCUCGGCCAUGGUCGAGCUGACCGAGGGUUGCAACCACAUGACCUGCCGCUGCGGCGCGGAGUUCUGCAUCAUAUGCGCCGCCCGGUGGAAGACGUGCGCGUGUCCCUGGUUUAACUACAGGUAUGUCCCCGAGCUAGACGCAGACGACGGGGUUCCCCGGCCGCAGGUCCAGCAGGAGCAUCACGCGAGGGAUUAUGAGCAGGACCAUGUGGACUAUUUCGCCGCGAUCGCGGCUGCCGCUGCCGCUGCGGCUUUUCGUAGGCAAAUUCCUGGUGGUUUCGCGGCGAAUCCAGAUGAAGAACACCUCCAGCCGGAAGGCAUACAUGAUCCACUACCGGCCGGGGUCAAUGGCAAUGGGGGCUUUAUCGACCCGUUUGAAGAAAGGGGUGAUGGCGAAGCUGCGCCAGCUCGUCCGAUUCCCAGGCCUCUCCAGCGACAACAACCUGGUGUGCGACGGUAUGAUGAGAAUCUGUUUUAUCCUUUUUAGUGGCAUAAUGUGCGUUUGGAACGGCGGUUUCUCCUGGGGGGCGGAGAGCUGACGCGUGUGCUUUGUGGGAUUGGAGAAGGGAUGGCAGAUCUGGGGUAUUCGGGGUAGAUUGAAAUCUUUUUGAAUGAAUGCUUAUUGGUCUUUUAAAUAAUAGCAUUUUACUCCUUUU